UUGUACGAGCGAGCGUACGUGUUUAUUUUUGUGGAAAUUUGACAAAAAACUUAAAUUAUAUUGCAUUUAAAUAUUGUUUUGUGUGUCGAAAUUCCUAAAUAUACAACCGCAGUGAUGUAAAGUGUGUUGUGGUUAAAAUACGGUGAGCGAGCAAGCAGCAAUGGACGCGAACACAGCAUCGCUACGCAGCGCCGCGCCGCAGUGGAGUUUGGCGGGGGACAAGCAACUGCUGGACAUCCUGCAGAACAUACACCAGAGUUUGGUGACCCGAUGCCAGGAGGUAAACCGGAAACUGGAUGAGAUGGUUCUGGCGCUGGAUGGCGCUAGCGUCGACCUGCAGAACGUUAAUAAUAAAUUCAUGGCUCUAAGCAACACUCAGUUCAUCGAAAGUCGAGUGUACGACGAUGACGUCGACAUAGCGGCGCAGGAGCCGCCUAAGGAGGUCCCAAAAGCACCAUUGUCUGAGUCAGAAGUAUUACUACUGAAGCGUAGCAUAGCACACGUGGCAGCAGCACACGACACCCUCGAGAUUCUGGCUAGUGACAGCGACGAUGAUGAAGACGCCAGAAUGGUCCUGAAACCGAAAGACAUGUACGCUCACCGACCGCUGCCCUACGUCAUCGGCUCACAAGCCUGGAGGAACAAAUGGCAUGCAGGCCUCCACCCCGAAGACAGCGAUUCGGACAGCUCGAUGUCGAAGCAAGACCGCGAAAAUGAGGAAUUCUCCGACUCCGAACCCGAGAUGACCUUGAGCCAGCCUGCCAGGGCGCAGCACGAGAGAGAGGAAUCCACAGCAAGUUCAGAACUGCCGUCCGAGCAGGACAUAGGCUCGGUCCCGGCCGCGACCAUCAAGCCGUCGCCUUCGGACAUCGCAGCUGAGCUCGCAAGGCGAUUGGGAGGGCAGCAAGCACAGAUACCAGUUCAAGAACCGGAGUACAGUCCACCGAACCCGACUACCCGCAAAGUAUACCGCGUAGAGCAACCUACGCCUGGCACAAUAUUCUCCGACGAGCCCCCGCCCCUCGACUGCCAAAUAGAGCAGGACGACGAUACGCCAGAGGAGGACGAUGAUAUAUUCGCGGAACUGCAUAAAAACAAGCCUUAUUCCCACAGCAAUAAGGAUCAGAGUCGCACGGCUGAGGAGCUUUUUAGCGGGCUGAGGGAGGAAUACGAUGGGGAUGUGUUUAGCGAUUUUAAGGAUACCCAGUCGUCGACUCCUGCCAAGCAAAAGUCGACUCUAUUCGAAGGCGAUUCGGAACCAGAGUUGUUUGCAGAGCAGGCCAAGCCUGCGCCUACACAAGACACUACGAGGCCCGAAGUUGAAAAUGUCAAGAAACCGAUCGGCGGAAUAUCUCUCUUCGGCAACACGAGAGGCGCCGAGAGCAUUGGAGCCGCCAUCUUGCGACGAAACCAACGAACUUCGUCCUCCGACGACGAAACUAACGACGAACCACCGAAAGAACCAGAAACGACAUCAAAUAAGCAAGAAAAAGAUAUCUUUGAUGACUUAUUCGCCAAAUCCGAGAAAGAACAGAAGAGAAAUGCAAAGAAGAUAGAAGAGAAGAUAAAAAAAGAAGUAGAAAAGCCUAAAGCUAAAGUAGAUUUGUUCAGUGAUAACAUAUUCGAUGAUAUAGAUGAUAUUUUCACUACAAAUGUGAAUACAGUUAAAAAGGAUGCAGAUAAUAAAAAAACACUGUUCGGUGACGACGAAGACUUAUUUUCAGAUGUUGCAGUUACAAAAAAAUCAAAAGUAGAUAGCAAAAAUGUGGCUGAUAAGAAUAAAAGUAUAUUUGAUAGUGAUGAUGACCUUUUUUCCGAGAACACAGCUAAAAAACCAGAGAGUAAACCUGCUAAAGAAGUUGCAAAGCCUGGCAACACUGGCAGUAAUGUUUUAGAGGACGAAAUCGAUGAUUUGUUCACUAAACCUAGAGUCAAAAAUGAUACAACUGUCGAUGACGUAACUAGAGAACUUGCAAAUAAUAAAAUGCUCAAUAACGAUAGAAAUAAAACUAAAAUAGAUAAUAAUCUUAACGAUCUUAAUAAAACGGAAGCAGCUACGAACAUGCAUACUAGUGAUAAAAGCAAAACUGCAGCUAAAUCAAUAUUUGAUGAUGAUGAUGAAAACGAUGAUCUAUUCGGCAGUACUACCACAAAGUCUUCAAUAAGUGAACAGAAUACAUUAAGUAAUUCUCAAACUCAGAGUUUCAAAAGCAAAGAUCAAAAAUCAUCACUUUUCGAAGACGUCAGCGAUGAUGAUGAUGAUGAUUUGUUCGGUACAAAACUUCCCGAAGAUAAAGGAAAUAAGAAUUCUAUAAAUAACAGUGAUAACACAAGAAGUAAUGCAAUCGAGGCAAAUCCAAUUGAAAAUUCAUCAGUUUUUAAUGAUGAGGAAACAGAUAACUUAUUUACUAAUACCACAAAGCAAGAAAAUGUUAACAAUGAAAAGAAUCGAUUAAUAAAUCAAGAGAGAAAUGAGUCAAUAACCAAUAAACCAAAGAAGGAAUCAGACACUGAGAUACAAAAUAAGCAAUCAUUAUUCGAUGAUGAAGAAGAAUCAAUUUUUGAAAGCAAAAAACCAGUUCAAACUAAACCCAAACCAGAUAUUCUUAGAAAACCAGUAGCUUCCAGAAACAACAAUAAUAUGGCUAAAGUACUUGAUAAUGAUAAAAAUGUACAAGAUACAAAUGAUAAUAUAAAGUAUAUUCAACAAGAACCAAAUACAACUCUAUCUAGUGUUAAAGGUAUUGCAGAAGUAACAUCCAAAUGGGCAGAAAAGGAUCCACUUACGACAUCAGAUCAUAAAAUAACUAUGGAAAAAGAAGAUACUAAAUCUAGGUCCCAAAAAACUGAACAGAAUACAAGCAUUACAAAGAAAAUUGAGUCUGACCCUAUAGAAGAAAAAGAAUCAAAAUUACCAGUAAUAGGAGAAAUUCAAAGUAACAAUGAUAAAGUUGAUUCUUUUUUGGCAGAAGCAGACUCAGAAAUACCGCCUCCUAUGGACACCGUAGAUGAUUUGAAAGAUGAUGAUAUUUUCGCUGACCAACUAAAUGACGUUCCAACUACAAGCGAUCCAGUGUUCACGCCCAAUGUAUUCGACGAUAUCUUCAGCGAACCGCCGGCUUUCGAGAAAUCUAAAGAACCUAAAAGAAGUAAGAACAUUAAUGCUCUAUUCGAUGAUGAUUCUGAAGACGAGGCUUUGUUCUUCAAGAAAAAUGAACCGGUUGUUGAUGAAAAACCGGAAUUGGGCCCUGAAGUUAACAGAGACGCACUAUUCGGUAUAUUCCACGAUGAACCACCCGCUAUUGAUGUCGAUUUCACUCAGAAACCAACAAAAAGCAAUCUCAAUGAUGAUUUUCUAAAUACAGACUCGGACGAUGAUUUGUUUAGUACUCCUAAAGCUGUAACUUCAGAUACCGCUGUGAAAUCAUUUGAGAACGUCCCAAAAUUGCCAACUUUAGAUGCUAAAACUGAAAAACAGCCACCAAAAGAAGAAAUGGCAUUAAAUAAAGAAAAACCUUCGAUUUUGGACCCAAAACCUCAUAUAGAAAAACCCAAACCUCUAUCAAAAGAAUCUCAAAAAGACACUACAGAUGGAGAACCGAAGAAAGUGGGUAAACUGAAAACUAUGAAUUUCAACAUAGAUGUCAGCACUCUGCUACCUGGUGCGUCCCCUAAGAAAAAGGCGUUGGAUCAAAUAGAUACCAAAAGUACCGAUGAUUUACUCAAAAAGGAAAGUAAAAAGUCUUUGGAACAAACAGACGGGCAGAUAUUCACCAAAAGCAGCGAAGACUUGCACUCUAAAGAGAAAAUUGAGCCAGUUAUGGUUAAAUCUGUGAGUUUCGAAGGCGAGCCGGAUUCUCAAGUGCUAGACAACAAAAUAUCCAAAGAAAGAGCAAAGAUACAAGUCAAAAGGCGACCCAGCACAAGAAGAGCUAGGAAAGAAGCUGUUAGAAAAUCCGCUAUAGACUUUGGCGAUGAUUCGACUGAUAAUUCUAGUUCUAUAGACGACGUGUCUAAAGGAAUACCUAAAGUUGAUUCACAAAUAGAGGAUUAUAAAGAACCAGAGAGCUUGAAGGAAGUAAAUAUAGACUUUGAGGACAGUAUAUCGAAGUUUGAUGAUUUGGACACGCUCAAAACUGAUAUAGAGACACAAUUACCUAAAACUAGCGAUAUACUUGCCAAAUCCGAAGAGUUACCAUCCGUAGAAGUGAAAUUUGAGACUGAUUUAGAAAGAAGUACUGAUAUUGUCGAUUCAAAAAUAAAAGGUGAGGAAAAACCUGAUAAUUUUGAGCCUAAAAUUGAAGACUCCAAUAAAAGCCUAUUUGAAACUGUCAAAGACAAGGAAAUCUCUGGUCAUUUUGAGCAUAUAACUCCAGACUCCAAUAAAAACCUAUUUGAAACUGUCAAAGACAAGGAAAUCCCUGGUCUUUUUGAGCCUAAAACUCAAGACUCCAAUAAAACCCUCGUUGAAAAUACCACAGACACGCCAAAAGACAAUUCUGCUACAGAUUUGAAAGCAGAAGUGAAAGAUACUGAUACAGAAUCUCCAACUCAAGUCGAAAUCAAAGCCGAACCAAAAUUGGAAUCCCCUAAAACUGUAACAUCCAAAAUAGUAUACAUUUUAAACGACGAAGACAUUUUCUCUGCCCCUGCCGAAACAAAACCACCUCGUAUGGACCUUGACGAUGAUAAUCUAUUUAAAAACAUAGGAAGUUCUUCUAAAAACACUGAAGAAGUAGCCAAUAUAAGUACACUAGGAAAUGCUUAUAAAGAUACACAACCAAAAACGACUAUUGACAAAAAGGGCGAUAAUAAGAAAUCAUUAUUUGACGACCUAAGUGAUGAUGAUGAUGAACUGUUCAAUAAAAAUAAGAAAGUCGCGACCAAACAGAAAAGUAUACUUGAUUCUGACAGUGAAGAAGAUUUGUUCGGCGGGAGAAAGAGUAAGCAAGAUACUAAAACAGUUGUGAGCGAGACGAAAGAUACAAAAGCUGUGAAAGAUGUGAAAAGGGUUGAGGUGAAGAGCUCUCUGUUUGGUGAUGAAGAUGAUGAUGAUGAUGAUGAUUUGUUUGGAGCUAAAGUCAAAAGCAAUCCUGCUACCACUGCUCAACCCACAAGGUCGGCGAAAGAAGUAUCAACCAAAACAGCAGAACCAGUCUUCGACGAUCCAUUGUCUAUGCUGGGCGACAAUGAUGACUGAACGAGGAAUAUGUUUUGGCCUAUUUGUGCAAUGUAAGAUAUUCAGUCAAUGUGUUGACUUUGCGAUUGAACUAAACCAGACCCAGACUGCAAUUUAGUAUAAUUUACUGUAAUUAUUUGGUCGUUAAAUUAAAAAAUGAGUAUUUGACGCCGCCGAUCAAUUGACGUACUUUUUGUUUGUUGUAAAAAUGCGAUUAUUCCAUACAUUUUGUGUGACCAUGACGUCACUACUUUACCAACUCAAUAGAUAUAUUUUUAUCAAUUCAAAAUUAAUUAAAAAUUUUAAUUUACCGCUAAUUAAGUUUUUAAGAUCAGCAUGGUGUUCUUUAGAAAAGUUGGAUGUUGGUUGGAAAAGAAAUGAUUGAUAAUUGGUGUCAAAUAUCUAAUUAAAAUUACAUAUAAUUAUACUAACAUAGUUCUUACAGUAAAACUUAAAGUUAUUUUAACAUUCAUAAUUUGAUCGAAUUUGUUCACGCUUAAACAUUCCAUGUUAUUAAUAUUUUAUUAAUCGUGUAAAUAAUCUUGCUAAUUGUUAUUGUCGCUUGAAACUAUUUGAUAAGAGAUUAUUAUUGUUAUAUUUUUUGUUGAUAUUUUUUCUUCUAUCCGAAGAUUUUAGUUGUUUUGUUAUUAAUCUUGGUUUUUGAGUAUGAUAAAAAUUACGAAUGGUUGAAGAAAAGUUCACUAGUUGUAACUCAAGUUAUUUUUACUAAAAUAUUUUAAUACAAUGCGAUAACCUAGUUUUUUUAUCGACUACUUCAAAACCCAUGUAGUCAUUACAUCAUUGUCUUUGUGCAUGCUACUGUUACUUAAAGCUAAACAUAAUCAUAAAAAAUUAAGGAUGCUUCACAGUUGAAAAAACAUAAUUAUGUUGACAUAUUAUGUAAUGUAAAAAAUAUUAAUUUCUAAUACCUAUUGAAUGUGUCAAUGGAACUUAAAAAAACGUUUUAAAAUUAUCAUUCAUUAUCACCUUAAAAAUACUUAAAUUAAAAAUAAGUAAACAAUUAUUUUACAAGUGCAUUUAAUGAUAUCAUUUGUUAAUGUUACACGGUCACUAAUUAGAACAAAACUUUAACUUAGCUGUAGUUAAGAAUGUGUUACAUUAUUUUUAUAAAUAAAAAUGUUUAAUAACUAUUUAUUAAUAGACAUAUUUGAUAGUUACAUGAAAUUUAUUGCAAUAUUAAAGUAUUGAAUUAGCAAAUAAUGUUUUAAAUCGAUGCAGUGUGCCUAAAAUAAAAACGCAUUAUAUUCUUGUAUGUUGAAAUUAUGUUUGAUAUAAUAAAUGUUAUGAAUUUC